AUGGAAAAUAAAUUAUUAUUAUUAUAUUUGCAACAAAAGGGAAAUAAAUUCUCUCAAAUUAAUUUCUACAUUUAUUCCCUAAUUAAAACUAUUUUUCUAUUUAUUUAUUUCUCAAAUUCUUCACAAUUUUUUGUUUCAGCCCAGGAUGGUUCUAGCGAAUUAAUUUCAGAAAAAACUCCAGCUACUUCUGUACUAAGUUCUACUAGGCUUAGAGUGCGUUGCACUGAUGAUAGUUUACGUUUAUAUCCAAAUGCAACUUCUUGUCCAGAUGAAAGAGAUCCAGAGUCAUGCAGAAUGAUAUUUACAACAACCGCUUCAAGUAAUCCAGCAACUAGAGAUCCUAAAUGUGACAAUCCUUUACUUAAAGAUUUAUCUGAACAAUGUCGAAGAACUUGUGCUAUUUGUUGUGAAGAUUCUUCAUAUGCUUGUCAAAAUGAUGAAAGUGGAAUUGUAAAUUGUAAUCAAAAUACUGAAAAGUGUGGAAUGUCAGAAUUUUCGGCUAUGAUGGUUAAAUUCUGUCCAGCAACCUGUGGUUUAUGCCUUACAAAACGUUGUAAAGAUCAAAUUGAUGAUUGUGAGGAUAUGAAAAGUUUAUGUACAAAUGAAAUUUAUGCAACAUUUAUGGAACAUCAAUGUGCCAAAACUUGUGGAAAAUGUGGAAAUGAAGAGGAAGAUGGAGGAGAUAAAGGGGAAGAUUCUGGAGAAGAAGAGAAUAAUGGAGGAGGAGAAUCAAAAGGGGUUAUAAAAGAUAGGGGAGGCUCUGUUGAGGAAUUACCUGAAGAAGAAGUUGACGUUAGUAAAGAACAACAAACAGUACAAAUUAGAGGGAAACCAAAAAAUAAAAAUGGUAAAAUAAUUAAGAAAUCGAAGAAAAAUUGAGAGAAAUCUUUGGGGGUUUU